CUUGAUACAACUUGUAUCAAUCUCAUCAAGAAAUCCUCUAGGAUAUGAUAGAGUGGAAUUUUGUUACCUCAGAAUUGAGAGUUUUGGUAAAAUAUCAGGUUGUUGGGCGGACUGGGCGGAGAUCCGGGGUGGCAUGGUAACGGGUGGCGUACGUGGAUGAUGUAUGACGGACAGCAGGCGGGUUGGGGAAGCAGCCUGCGGAGCUCACACACACUAAGACUGGAGAUCAGAUAUCGCUAGUGACGGUGGCGUCUUUCCACGAUAUUCACGUCGAUGUGAUUCCUUUACCGCUACGUGACAGACAGUAAACACGAGCAGACAUGCCACCGGAUCGCAAGCCAGAAGGCUCCAUCAUCCGGCGGGCGCUGGAAGGCAGCGGACUGAGUCAGAGCUGUCCGAGCACGACCCUGGCCCAGGCGCUACAGAACCCCGACCUGGACUUGAACAUGAGCUGCUUUCCCGCGAUCUCUUUGGAGAAAGGUGCAAUCGACGACGACGAACUGACAAACUUGAACUGGCUGCACAGCAGCGACGUGCUGAAGUCGGUAAAUGUGGAAACGGGAGGCAGCCUGUGUGGCACGCCCACCAGAGAGCUGGGGGGGACCAUGAGCCCCCUCAAACCCAGCAACCACACCACGGCAUCCCUGCCCACCCCGGCAGAUAUACCCUACGAUGCACACCAACACAGAAAUAGCAAACCUCCCUACUCCUUCAGUUGUUUAAUAUUCAUGGCGAUCGAGGACUCGCCCAGUAAGAGACUGCCAGUCAAGGAAAUCUACAACUGGAUUCUGGAGCACUUUCCAUACUUUGUGAAUGCACCGACGGGGUGGAAAAAUUCUGUUAGGCACAACUUGUCGUUGAACAAGUGCUUCAAGAAAGUGGAAAAGGAAAAGGGGCAGAGUAUCGGGAAGGGUUCGUUAUGGAUGAUAGAUCCAGCCUACAGACCCAACCUGCUGCAGGCACUGAAGAAAACUCCCAUCCACCCCUACCACCACAUCUUCACCACUCCGCCCCCCUCCCCACAACAGCUGCCACACUCUGGGACGGGGCCAUACCCAACAGGGCUGUACAUCAGCAACAAUGGAGCUGCAGGGUAUCAUCCCCAAGCCUACCCAUUCCAGAGGCUGUCUACACCAGAGAACAUUGACCCAGAUUCAGAAGUGGACGCAGCUCAAGCCAUGAUGACCCUGAAGUCGGGAGGUGCUAGUAGCCAUGCAGAAGCUGUAAGAAUCAAAGGAGAGCGUCACUGGACCCCCGCUAGCUUGCCAAAUGUGCCAGGUUUCCGUACCUGGACCCCACACUUGUACAGGCCGGGCAAUGGUGCAAUCAACAUUGGUGGGGAGCACUCGUAUGGCCAUACAGAGGGGAAAGUCAGACACAGGCACCGGCACAGGAGGAGGAGAAGCCCCCUGGGGGACCCCAUCGUCAGUAAAAGCCCCAGCGAGGACCACAACUACAGUUGCAACUCUUCACGCGGCUCCAACUCCUGUUCCCGCUCAGGCAGCACCUCACCUACCUCCUCCAUCGACGGGCCGUACGAGUACGGGAACGCCAGCGAUAGCGAUAGUUACCAUAGCGACGAGAGUAGCGACUACGACGACGACGAGAUGGAGCACGAUGGGAGGGUUCUGCGGAAGAGCCUGGGCGACAGCGGCUUCCUCGGGGACGAGUACGGCAAGAAGGAGCCGGGCGGCGACCUCCUGCCCAAGAAGCGCCCCCACGAGCUGAACUUGGAGGAUGAGGAUGACCUGAAACUGGUGCAGGGGGCAGACGCUCUGCUGAACCUGGCCGGCAUCAAGACGGCCUCCAUCAUCCCCCUACGAACAAUCAGCCCCAUGGGCAGUGAGAACAGCAUGUCUCCCAAGCCUGCAGAGGAGCCCAAUCAGCAAUCCUCCGAUGCUCCCGCUCAAGCAAAGAUCAGCUGAAGAUGACGACAGUCCUGGUGCAUCCGAGCUGUAGCUGGCACUUGUACAGAAGACAGUUUAGAAAAGACAUUUUAAGAAAUUGUGUGCAAGAUCGUGCCGGCCUAAUGGCCGGCGUUUAAAGAUGAAAUUGGUUUUACUGCCAUGACAGAAGUUUGGGAGGUUCAACAACAGCAAGAUUGGCUGAAGGCCAAAGAGGUGUUCUGUUGAGUGUCAUGAGCACUUCUGCAUUACAGCUGAGUGCAAUGCAGUAUCUUAUAUGUUAUAACUAUGAGCCAUAUAAACCAGGGUUGUGGUUGCACUUUGCUCUUCAAUGGUGGCAAGUGCUGAACCGAGGGGCCAAAAGAAUCAACCUCUAGCAGCCAUAAGACGGGCAGGAUUGGGGACUAGUUCGGCAUCGCUUGGGUCUUUAUUACUGGCACGGCAAAACCAACAGAGCUUCCACUUGUUGCCCAAAAAGUCUUGUUUUGGACACAGGAGUCAACCAGUAAGGAGAAAGUGUCAAACUUUUAAGGUUGGGUCUUUCAGAUUGUUAUGUUCAGGGACAGAGAACUAUGUCAUACGUACUAGGGGGAAAAAAUAAGCAUCUAUUCUUGAAUAUAGACAUGGCAGAUUAUUUUUCUUGUUCUUAAUGUAACAUACCUCCCAUCAAAGCAUGGGAGACGAAUCUCUUUUAAGUUAUAUGAGAUUAGUCAAGAACACAUGGUAACAGUAGAAGAAGUAGGGAAUAUGUUCAAGUUAUUUUAUAUCUUGGUUCGGAGGUUAUGAUAAAUAGGCUACCAUAAUGUAGAUGACUCUAAUUUUGUACAUUCAGCUGGGUAUAAGGGUCACGUCUUGUACCUCAUACUGUAAUGAUGCAUUAUGGCAAUAUUAUUUUCAUAAAAAGACUGUAUGAUACCAGUGCUAUCAUAAACGAUCAACAAAGGCAAGAUGUAGAGAUUGAAGCAAAAAAACGCAAAACCUUGAAUGAGAUUAGAAUCCAGGCUGUCCUAAAAGGCAGGACCUGUGGAGGAUCAUUCAACGAUGAUCCAGCAAAAUAAUUUAUUUUAGCUGUUAGGCAAACCAAGUCACAUGACUUGGGCUCAUCAUGUUCUUUCUGGAUCACGUGACUAACAAAGCAAGGGACUUGCAGGGGAGGUGACAUUGUGUGUGUCACAAGAAAAAAAAGUUGAUCUGAUGUAAGAGUUGUAUUUCAAGUUGUUAUGGAAAAGUACACCUAGACCUUACAGGCUAGGAAUGUUGCAUGCACCUCCUUGAGGGCACUGAUAUUCUAAAAGGUUUGUUAGUGAGAUGAUCCCCAAGUGAUCUGCCGUGCGGAAAUGAAGGCAAAAAAAGCAGCAUUUGGGAAUCCUGAGGUUACUUGGUUGCGUUGAAACCCACAGACUCUGCUGCCCCCUGGUUGGUCCCUUGGCUUGGGUUGCAGGGCAGUAGAACUUCGGCACAGUGCGGUGGGAGCAUGAGCAGUUGUGUUGCAAUUGGCACAAAUGUAUCUAUAUAUGCAACUGAUCAAACCAACAAAUGUCAAUCAAAUUAUGUCAAACAAGUUGGAGGCAUAUGUCGAUCUUAUAAAUAUUGUAAAACCAUGUUGUUUGUGCAACUCGUUGACAAAAAUCUAGAGCCUAAAUGAAUUUUUUCAUAGCCACAGGGUAACUAUUCAAGAAAUCUGUACUGUUUGAGAUUUGAAUGAAACCUAUUUCAGAUGAAUUUUGACCUGAUUGAUCUCUGGUCUCAGGACUGUUGGAUGAUGACAUCCCCUCGCUUGGCUGACAUGACGGUGCCACGCUAUGUGUCAGUGAACCCAUGCAUCCUUCCCAACUCACCGAAGUUCUCUGCUUGACAUUUUGUCUAAGAUGAAUGUUUUAAAGGUCCCGUUGGACCUACUUUCCCCCUACCAUGAGGGUUAUUUAUUGAAAAAAAGUAGCUGUAAACGUGGCAAGUUCCAGAACUGCACUUGAUGCAGCGUCUCUGUACAUCUGCUACCCAUGAUUGUCCCGAAGGGCAGGAGAGCUAGCAAUGCUGUAUGUUACAUAGGAGGAAAACUGACAAGUUUUAUCAUCAUUUUAUGGCCUCUUGCAGCACAAUGAAUGAAUUGUUUUUACAUUUCAUUUGUUUUAAACAUAAAAUUACAGAGUAAGCACUCGAAACUCAAUGAACUUCAAAUGUUAUCAGAAUUCUGGGCUGAACAUUUUAAACACCAUUGUUCCAACAAUGUGGACAGGUGUGUUUUGUGAUGAAUUUUGUGUAGCAGAGAAAUUCAAAUUUCUUCCACAGUGAGAGUCAGUGAAAAAAAUGAAAAAUGCUUCAUUGUGGCGUCAGCAACUGAUGGUUUUACUUGUGCAGUCCUGGGGCCUGGGCACUAAGUGCAAAUAGUUACGCACUAGGAGCAUACAGCGAUGUAUAAGGACAAUAAAGGUUCUCUUCGA